ACGUGGUCCGCGUGGUCAGUUCGAAUUCGAAUCCCGUAUUCGCGGUGUGUGCGUAGUGUUCGCGGUGGUUACAAUAUUAGGCUGGUUGGUUCGAUUCGAAGGUGCCAGAGAGUGACGUGACGAGCGCGUUCCAGUUCGUUCAGGUUCCGCAGGGAACAAAAAAAAGAAGAAACGGAAAAGAGCGCGGUUCGUGAGAGCGCCGGACCGGAAGCUAGGUGAAGAAGAACGGCAAGAUCCCGCACGAGAUCGACGGCCGCUGGCGCGUGCCACUCCCGCGUGUUUCACUGCGCGACAGGAAGUUGAAGCUCCAGUCAGCCGAAGCUAGCUGCCCCGAUUAGCCCUUCACAGCCGAUUGACGCCGAUAAUCGCUUCGAAGCGGUAGAAAGCAGCAACAAUGACUGAAAGUGCAGGAGUGAAACAGAUCGUCGGCGUGUCGGACAUCACCGAAAAUCGCAACAUAUGGCGCAUGCUGAUCGCCGAGUUCCUCGGCACCUUCUUUCUGGUGGCGAUCGGCAUCGGUAGCACGAUGGGCUGGGCCGACUACAGCCCGCCGUUGACGCAGAUUGCGUUCACCUUCGGCCUGGUGGUGGCCACCCUGGCCCAGGCGUUCGGGCACGUGAGCGGAUGCCACAUCAAUCCGGCCGUUACGAUCGGGCUGAUGGUAACGGGAGACGUCAGCAUUCUGAAGGCAGCCUUCUACAUCGUCUCGCAGUGCAUCGGUGCGAUCGCAGGAGCGGCCGUCAUUAAGGCCGCAACCCCGUCGGAGGUGGUCGGCCGUCUCGGCGUGACCGGAAUCGCCCCGGGACUGUCCACCGGGCAGGGUGUGCUCAUCGAGGCGCUCAUCACCUUCAUCCUGGUGUUCGUUGUCCACGGCGUGUGCGACAAUCGCCGUUCCGACAUCAAGGGUUCGGCCCCGCUCGCUAUCGGACUCUCGAUCACUGCCGGCCACCUGGCUGCGAUUAAGUACACCGGCGCCAGCAUGAACCCGGCCCGCUCGUUCGGACCCGCCGUCGUAAUGGGUGACUAUAUCGAUCUUUGGGUGUACUGGGUUGGGCCAAUUGUCGGUGGCAUCGUGGCCGGUGCCAUGUAUCGUCUGUUCUUCAAAAAAUUUAGACCAUCGAUCGCCACCGGUUCGGUGGCCACCGAAACCGGCAAAUCGCAAGGAACCCAUCAGUCCGUGUCUGCGGUAUAAGGCUUCAUGUGUGUCCUUGAAGAGAGUGUGUCCGGCCAAAAACGAAACGCAUUCGAUCGAAAGUCGACAUUGGAAACACCCGUAACCCGUAACUAGAAACCAUAGGUCGUCCUGAAUCUGUGCUGCGAACGAUGGGAACGGAACGCUUCCUAACAGACCCUUCCCCCCCAUUACUAGCAUCCCCUGACUAAACUCCGUUCCUCCCCCCGGGGGACGGGAGGCGAACUCACUGACUUUGUGCUAACAUUGGUUUUAUUUCUCUUUUCUACAUCUUUUCCAACCACGCACACCGAAUGUCUGAUCGGAUCCGCGAUCGUGUUCAUGCGAUGCGGUGCGGCUGCGCGGCGGUUCAUUCGUUGCGGCCCUCUAGAUGAACACUAACAAAGUAGGGCAGGUGACUAACGACGCUCAGUACAUUUAGCCCGGAGAGCGCAAUCCGCUAGCCCAUCUUCAUCCGCGGGUCUCUACUGACGACUAACUUUAUCAACCUAAAAACCCACACAGACAUGCAUACACAGCCACAUAAACAUAGUUUCCGUGCGAGGGUGGUUUCGGUUGCGAGAUGAAUAUUUUAACCCCAACAACGGCGUGGGCUUUACGGCGCGGCCACGUGGCGCGAGAAAGUCACGGCCUCGUCUCGGCGGCGGCAGCAGCACAACGAGGUGCGACAGAACCGAUUAUCGUGGGACUUUACAACUAAAGAGCGCAGCGCUUCUGAGGGUCAUUAGCCACGAAUAUUUAUUUAUUGGAUGUUUAAAAAAAACACGAUCAAGGUAUUGGCAUGAUAGGGCGUGGAUGAGCGGGGAACACCACCCGAUCAUCGUAAGGACACCGUUUGAGAAUUACACUGAUAUUCGACACGAUUGAUUACCGAUGUUUGUUUUAUCUAACCAAUCUAACACACCAACGGGUGAUCACCGCAACGCACUCGCUUCCCGUAAAGUCCGCUCACUACUCCACUAACCUUCUCGUGUAUGUGGCCUAAUUUGCGUUUGCGUAGAAAUGGAGCACUCGAAUCCUGCGGUCUCGGACUUCUCGGAGAUGAAGCACACCCUGGAGUGCUGUAAAUAGUUCUAAAAGGUAUCGUUUCAAAGGAACAGUUGGUGGUCACUUUUCCGGUUUUGGUUGUGGCAACAUCACAAGUGGCUAGCACCGCGCCAGGCGACGUUUCUUGUUAAUUUGUAUCUCUUGGUAUUGUUACACAUCACCCAUUGGCGCCCUGGCCACGUUACUCGUGCACGCACGUCCACGUAUUUGCGUAAGGUUUUGUUUUGUAUUUUACUAUCUUAUUUAACAAGUGAGUUCUACCACUCUGCUAGGCGCUUCGGUAGGUGGAAAUCGAUUAGAAAUUAGGAUUGGCUAGAAAAGCAGAAACCAGAACAAGGUUAGAGUACACAGCCGAAUCGAAAACUACAAACAGACAAAACCCGGCCCAGAGAUAAGACGAACGCAAACAGAAAAAUCCAAAUCAGUACUGGUACCCUCAGCGGGACCCCAGCUAAAGAGAUAUAAUCCGUAAGUUCUAUUUAUGUAUCAUAUACAUCGGAAUUUACCAAAAACAGCAGUGUUGUUGUAGUAAGUGAGAGAAGCUCUUUAAAUAAA